AGGUAAAAGUCUAAUUUUUGCUUCAUACUCACCUUUUGCAAUGUCUUAGCUCCCAAAAAGCACGUGCAACGCCGUGAAAAUGCUGCUGAAAAAGAAGAAAAAUAUGUGGAAAGAAGUGAAGAUUUCUGGUCAACUGGCCACAGAUGACACCAUUGAGAAUCUUCAGGGUUUUGUUGGAUUGGAAGUUUUAGAAAAUUACGAUAGGAAUUUUGUUGUGAAGGGAAAAUCCAAGAAAAAGAGGAAAGCGGUGGAUAAUGGAGAGGAGUAUAGGAAGCCUAAGAAGAAGGUGAAGAAAUUUCAUGAGGAAAAAUCAAGUAUCAGGGAGGAUUUUGGGGGAUUUUCGAGUGAGGAGGAAGAAGACAAUGCCGAGAGUGUUGGACGUUUUGUGAAGAUAUCUGAAGAUCAGGAGGAUGGUUUUUUGAAGGUUGAAGAUCUCGAUGAGUGGCACAGUUUUGGUUUGAAGGAACCUCUGAUGCUGGCAAUAGCUGAGAAUGGUUUUAGGAAACCCACAGAGAUUCAGAGUUUAACUCUUCCGGCUGCUUUGAUGGGGCGCCGGGAUAUUCUGGGAGCAGCUGAAACGGGCAGUGGGAAGACACUGGCAUUCGGACUGCCUAUUCUCAAUGGGAUUCUGGAGUUGAAAGAAAGGGAAGUGGAUGAUCCGGGGGUUAAGUUGCGGAAGAAUGUGAAGAUUGUGCGAGGGAGGAAGGAUCGGGAUAAUUUGACGCCUCCUCCUGAGGAAUUGUCAGACGAGGAACAACCUUCAGGAUCAACAGAGGCAUUGAGGAAACUCUAUGCCCUGAUUCUCACUCCAACUCGUGAACUGGCUGUCCAGGUGAGGGAUCACAUAAAAGCUGUGGCAGUUCAUACAGAGAUCAGGGUAGUGGCAAUUUUUGGUGGAUUGGCUCUCGUGAAGCAAGAGCGUCUGCUGAGGCAGUGUCCGGAAAUUGUCGUUGCCACUCCAGGAAGAUUCUGGGAAUUGCUGAAGGAAGGCAAUGCGCAUCUUAGUAAAGUCGAUGACAUCAAUUUCCUGGCCAUUGACGAGACGGACAGGAUGAUGGAGAAGGGACACUUUGAGGAAUUGACACUGCUCCUGGAUCGACUCAAUCGGAAUGUAGAGAAGAAGGCUCAGCGGCAGAAUUUUGUCUUUUCAGCCACUCUGACCCUUGUCCAUGAUCUUCCGGAUUAUUUAAAAUUCAAAAAUCUCGGACGCAAGAAAAAAGCCCAGAAGAUCACGCCUGAGAAGAAACUUGAGGGCCUAAUUGAGAUCUUGGGCAUUUCACAGCCAAAAAUUGUGGACAUUACAAAAGAGUCCGGAACGGCUGAGCAACUGACGGAGUGCAGAAUUGUUUGUUCUCUCACGGAGAAGGAUUACUACCUCUACUACUUCCUACAAUGCCAUCCCGGAAGGACAAUUGUCUUCUGCAAUUCCAUCGAUUGCGUCCGAAGGCUAGCUCAUCUCUUCAACCUUCUGCAGUGCAGAGCCCUUCCCCUGCACGCCAGCAUGGCCCAGAAGCAGCGUCUCAAAAACCUCGAUCGCUUCCGGACGGAUCCCACUGGUCUUCUAAUUGCCACAGAUGUUGCAGCUCGUGGCUUGGACAUUCCAAAUGUGCAGCACGUUAUCCACUACCAAGUGCCCAGAACGUCCGAGAACUACGUCCACAGGUCAGGAAGAACUGCCCGAGCUUCCUCUGAAGGCAUCACAAUCCUCCUAAUGGAGCCCGGAGAAGUCAACAGCUACAGUCGCCUCUGUCGUACCCUGGGACGCAAUGAGGAUCUACCCAUCUUUCCAGUCACUCAGCGUCUCCUAACAGCAGUCAAGGAGCGCGUAAUACUCGCCAGGGAAGUCGACGGGAUGGAUCUGCGUGAGAGGCGUUCGGCAAAAGAAAUUGGCUGGCAAGAGAAAGCCGCCAGGGAAAGUGAAUUACUAGUCAGUGAUUCGGAUUCCGAGGCAGAUGACAACCAAACUGAUUGGAAGAAGGCACAUGCGAGGCAGAAGAAAGUUCUCAAGGAAAAACACAUUCAACUGACCAAGCUGCUGGCACAACCACUCUUCCCCAAAGGAUACAGCUACAAGUACCCAACGGCUGCAGGGCGCCUGGAAAUGCCCACAAUGGGAGGUCAGAAUGCCAUUCAAGUGAUGAAGGAGGCCAUUGAGACUGGCAAGGAAUCCUCCAAAGUCAUCAAAAAGGCCAUGAAAGUGAAGAGGAAGAAGCCGGAAAAGCAGAAGGAGAAAGAUGCUCCUGGGAAAUUUGUCCGCAAACCUCAAGGUAUGUAAAAUGAAAAAUAAAUUUUCUCUUUGAUUUUUUUGAUACAAUAAAAAAUAAAAUAUUGAGUCUUAAAUUUUAAA